AUGGCGGGGAUCCUCGACAGGCGCAUUUGGUGCGGCGUGGCCCUGCGCACCCUGCUGGCUGGGCUCGGUGCCGCCCCCCGGCUCGUGGGCAGGGUGGAGAUCGCGUCGCCGCUCAGCAGCCUUGUGCGCGUGCGGGAGGGCCUCGCGCUGGGCGACCAGGGGCUGUCGCCAUACACGGGGGAUGCGUACCAUGGGCCACCCCUGGCACUAUCCGUCUUUUCAGGCGUCGCCAGGCAUCCAUUGUGGAGCCUGGCGCCCUUGAUUGCCGCGGACGUGGCCAGCGCUGCGCUGCUUUCCAGGCUGGCCCAGCUUUGGGGACUGUCACCCGGGUGGAAGAGCGCUGGCGUUCUGUACUUGUUGAAUCCCCUGACGGUGUUGGCAUGCGUGGGGGGUUCCUUGGGGUCCAUCGAGAACCUCUUGGUGUACGUUAGCAUUUACGGAGGGGCCACGUCGAACAUACCCCUGUGUGCGUUCGGCUUGGCGGCGGCAGCUUAUUGGGGACUGCAUCCCUUGCUGUUAAUGCUUCCACUAUGCCAAUUGAUGUACAUUGGGGUGGAACCUGCAACUGUGAUCUGCAUCCAUGGAUUGACAGGCGGGUCAGCACACCAACCUGCAGAGGGCUUGUCACGGUUCUCCCCAGUGCCCACAGCAAGGGGCAGAGAAAAGCCACCAAGGAAAGGAUGGCCAGGGCUACUGUUGUUCCUGUGCUAUGUAGCCUUUUGGAUUGCGUUCCUGUGUGUGCUGUCAGAGGUGGCUUUGAGGAAGUUCAAAGAGCAUUCCUGCAGGUCCUGGGUGCUUGGAAUUCGAGGGUCUGCUGAAUGUGCAGAGCAUGCUGAUGACUGGAGAUAUAGAAGUGCAGCGAAACACUGGAUGGCAGAGACAUAUGGUUUUAUGUUGCGGGUUGAGGACCUCACGCCAAACAUUGGACUGUUUUGGUAUUUCUUCACUGAGAUGUUCGACAAUUUCAGAUCCUUUUUCAUCUUUGUGUUUCAUUCUCUAUCCGUGCUGUUCUUGGUGCCAAUGAUGGUCCGCAUGCCGGAGCAGCCGUUGGUGAUCGCCGUGCUUCAAUGCAUUAUUAAUGCGCUGUUCAAGCCCUAUCCCACGAUCUCAGACAUUGCGUUGUACAUGGGCCUACUUCCUCUUUUCCCCGUGCUCAUGCGCCAUUUUCAGUGGUGGUUCUUUAUGUGCAACUCAUUUUUGCUGCUGGCUGUCCUUGGACCAGCCAUGUGGCACCAAUGGAUUCAAGUGGGCUCAGCUAAUUCCAACUUCUUCUACUCAAUUACCCUCCUACUUGCAAUUUGGCAAGUUGUAUUACUAGUUAUGCUGGUGGACGCCGCACUUUCAAAAGGGCAAAAUUUGGAGAAGGAAUCUCAGAAAACGAAGGCUGAAUGA